CUUACGGCGUAUGUCCUUUUGCCAUUGAAUUUUGUGACCAUGAUGUAGUUCACCAAAUAGCAAUGAAGUGCCUUAAGCUGGAAUAAUUGAUGUUGUUGGACUUGCACUUUAACCCUAUAUCCCAGACUUGCGCCGGAAACACGGAGCUGACAGAAACUGGAAGUGUACCAACCACCCAGAACAGACAGCACAACUCCCAGUCAAGCAGAACACAAAGAUCAUGUACACAUUAGACUAGCCGGAAAAUCAGACAAAUCAAGUUUUCAUAGGCCGAGGAUACCAUUACCGUAGCCGUAUCCCGAUUCUUUUUUUUUGCUAAAAAUAGGACAGAGGAUGUAAUUGCUUCUGAUGUAUCAUUGAGGAGCAAGAAAAUAUCCUUUAUUUGGUGUACAUGAAGAUAUGGCUAUGUCACUAGCAUAAUGCAGAUAUCAUGAAGAGCCCAAGAGAGAUUGUGCUACUGAUAUCUGUCAUCUUAUGUGCUGAUGUAACAAAUGGUGAACUUGGUGCAGCAUGUGACACAUUCAGUAACUGUACACUGGGUCCGGAUUGCAUAGAAGGAACCUGUAGUUGUACUGAAGGGACCUGUAGUUGUACUAAGAUGUGGUAUAUGGGGAGUUCUCUUAGACCAACAUGUAGGUCAUGGCAGUAUGAGAAAUUGUGUAUAAAUGAUGGCGAGUGUUGGGAAAAUGCCAAAUGCAUAUCCUUGGUAUGUGAAUGUAAUGAAGGGUUUUACAGAAUAAAUUACUCAUGCCGUAAAGUAAAACUACAGAGUUUGAUGGAGGUCUGCAAAAUGAAUUUACAUGGCCCAGAUGAUACAGCACUGUGUGAUAUCAACAAACAUAGUGUGUGUGUUGCAAAUAAAUGUGUUUGUGCUAAGGGCUACCUACCAAACAAAUACGGAGAGUGCGAGUUAAAGAAAUCGUAUUUGCUUCGGAUGCAAAUGACUGGUGCGUAAGCCUGAAAUGAAAUUCAGCUAAAUUAUUUUGAGUUCAAGAAUUAUUAAUAGGUAAUGUGCAUCUGUUUUUCUUUUUUCCACUAACCUAUGAUGUGUAAUUUGUGCAAGACCCUUUUUUUUCUUUUUUAACACUUAUUGUUAUAACUUUCUAGUAUAAAAAGGGCAAGGAUACACAAGUGAUAAUAAGUCCCAUUAUUAAGUAUGACAUUGGUAUUGCCACUUUCAGAUAGCAUAUGAUCAUAAUAUUAACAAUAUACAUCCCAAGCACUUUUAAGAUACACUCUCUCUCACUCACUCACUCCCACUCUC